AUGUCGAGAAACAUUGUGUUUGAAGGCUGGUUAACUAAAUCACCUCCUUCGAAGCGAAUUUGGAGAACGAAAUGGCGGAGAAGGUGGUUCGCCUUGCGACAAUCGGGUGAACUCCCAGGGCAGUAUUACCUAGACUAUUAUGCAGACCGUAAUUGUAGACGGCUCAAGGGUUCGAUCAACUUAGAUUUCUGUGAGCAGGUGGAUGCUGGGUUACAUAUGGAACGCAGUAGUAAUUGCUCGUUGGAUCCAAAGAUGAGAGGUUCCGUUUUCACAAUUCAAACACAAACUCGAACCUAUCAUCUUGAGGCUGAUUGUGAAGCUGAUAUGGAGAAGUGGGUUGAUGCUAUUUGUAGAGUAUGUGGUCUCCGUGCUACAGAUGAAAUAGCUAAUACAACAGGAGUGUAUCAAAAUCAUGCAAUGACAGUUAGCAAACACGAAAAUGCUACAAUGAAGGUAAAGUCGGCUAAUAAAAAUGCUACACCGAUGCCAGUAAAUGACCAGAAGAACUCCAGUACAGCAGUCAAUAAUAAGAGUUAUAAUACUGUUAGUGUGAGCGAUCAACCAAGCAAUGCUGUGACAAUAAUAAAUGAUCAAUAUGACUGCUCAGAAAGUACCGGACCAUAUAUACCAAUAUCGGAAUGCAUUACAGGUGUUCGGGCACAAGAUACCCAGAGGGCUUUUACAUUUGAUCCUAAGGAUAUAGUCACUAGCACUAAAAUACCAUUUGAAAGAACUUCCCAUUUAAAUCAACCACAAAUAAAAAUUAAUAAUAUUGAGCUUUCUGAAAAUGAAUCCAAUAUCAGUGAAGAUGAGUGCAGAUCAUUGAAUAAUUGUCAAUCUACAGGAGAAUUGACUGUAGCAAAGAGUUUUACGAAAAUGUCUAUUCAUCAACUUAGGCAUGAUGGAGGCGGAGAUAGUGGACCACCAGUUCCUCCUCGCCCACCAAAAACAUUUGCUAUGAGUAAGGAUUUGUGUCACAGAGAAUCAUUCCACGGCCCCAAAAUUCAAGAGCCAACAGAUGAUAAUGCAUCGGCAUUCCCAUGGAUGCGGCAGCCGCGGCGUAUGUCCCAGACGCAGGGCGCCCCGCCCUCCCCCGGUUGCUCCAUCAGCCACAGCGCAAUGCGAACCACCGACGACGACGAAGAGGACGCCAAUACUGGACACUCGAUGCAGUAUUGGAAUCUCUGCACGCUGCCUCCAGCGGUUGAUAGGGCGCUCAAACCUCGCCACUCUAGUCACAGCAUUGGUAAUGCGAACAACGCAUUACAUAGUGUACAGUUCACGGCGAGUGAAGAAACAAAACCAGACGUGCUUCAGUAUCUAGACCUAGACCUGCAAACAUCGAAACCCACACCUUCAAACUCUCAAGAAGUAUCGCGACCGACAACCAUAAUCCAUGGUAAAUCAUCCUCGAAUGACGAAGAGUCUGCGUACAAAACAGUGGAUUUCUUGAAGACUGAGGCUUUCAAUAUCACGCGACAAGAUGCCGAGGCAUCCCGUAGUAACCAACAA